UUUAAGCAAAACGUUAAAGUCUAAAGAUAUAGGUAACCGAUUUAAGCCAUUUUAAACUCAACUGUUACAUCUAUAAAAUAUAACAAUGAGUUACGAUAAUAGUUUUCAAUUGCAUUCUACACACCAAUCUCCACUCAAAAGCAAAAGAAGCAGAUAUUUAUUAGGCAAAGAUGAAUCGCUUAAUAUUUCGGCAAUACUUAACGAGACAACUACUUUUAAAACUCUUAACGAUACUAGUUUGAGACAAGUUUUAGACGAAUCUUCAGUUUUAAUAAACAACGGUAAUGCAGGAGACGGCUUAAGUGAGGCCUUUUUUGAAAUAAUACAAUCCAGCCGACCGAGUACUGUUUUAGAUACAAUAGCGAGGUUAGCCCAAGCUUGUUGUGAUUCUCUUGAACUUGUAGAACCUUGGAACCGAUAUAAUGCGCAAAACUAUUGGCUAGCAGAAGAAGCCAACACGUGGAAACUCAUCUUUAGCCUUUUUGCCGAUUCUAUUUCCGAACACCCUAAAACUUUAGACAGUCAACUUCUUGAACCAACUUUAUCUCAACAAACUCUAGUAAAUGCUUAUUUUGAAACUGAAUCUGAACUUCGUCUGUUGCAAAUAUUAGUUAAUUGGCUUGAAGUAACAGCAACAUAUCAAGAAGGAGCAACACAAACAGCUGCUCCAGUAAUUGCUAACAACAUACAUUGGGGUAAUACACUUCAUCAACUACUGAUUGGAACAAGUUUGUUUAAUAAAGAGAAAAAUAAGUCUAUGAUCACAUGUAUGGAUCCUGAUGCACCAAGACGUCAAAAUAAAACAAUACAUUCAGAUGAUAAAAAAGAUGAUGAUGAUUUGUGCAAGAGAAUUUUUACUGAAGUACGAUGUGGAAAAUUUGAAGAAGCAGUGUCUUUAUGUAUAAGUGCUGGGCAAGCAUGGCGUGGGGCUGUUCUACAAGGCUGGAAGUUGCUCCAUUAUGAACCAGGUGAUGUUGAUGGUACUUUAGAAGUUACAGGAAAUUCCUCAAGAGAUUUAUGGAAAUGGUGUUCUUUAGGUAUAGCUAAUGAUAUUACUGAAAAUAUCUAUUUUAGAGCUACUAUAGGCAUCUUAUGUGGACACUUACCAAGUGCCUUACCAGCAUGUCAAGGAAAUUGGGAAGACUUGCUUUGGGCUCAUUUAAGAGUUCAAAUAGAAGCUAGAGUUGAUAAAUUCUUACAUGAACAUCAUGCAACUGCUGAAGCAAAUACAACUCCCUCUGAUGUUUUAGAUCUAUUACAGAGUGAGCUUCAAGUAGAUGAAUUAUCUUUACAACAAAUUUUUAAUUCUGUUAAAUCAUUGAUGGAUGGAAAAAGGGAAUCAAAUUACCAGAUGUGUCAGCGCAAUCUAAUGCUAGGCCACAUAAGAGCUAUAAUGCAAGAUUCUCUAGAGUGGCUUAAUACUGCUGAAGAAAAAUUUGUAAGAUUCUUAGCUCAUCUAAUUCUGGUUUUGAGACAAAUGGGCAAAGAUCCUCAACAUGACAUUGGAGAUAAAAUUCUGGAAAAAUACGUAAUUCAGAUUAUUGAAGGUUUGGUUGAAGGUACAAGUGUAUGUCCAGAACUAGUAGCCUAUUAUACUUCAACUGUACCAAUUGAGCGACAAAUAGCUUUGUAUGCAGAACUAAUGGACCGAGUCCAGAAAAGUGAAUAUAGGCUUGAAGUUGUCAAAGCAGGAACAAGAGCAGGUAUUGAUGUUGCAGCUUCUGCCAGAGUUGCUAUAAAGAAAGCAAUUACGGACAUACAACAGGGCUAUGGAAACAUAGAUCUGACAUUCACACAAACAACAGCAGUGGAAAAAGAUAAAACUUUGGUAACUAAAGUGAUAUCAUCACUUGAAUGGCUUUCAUUUAUGUCAAACCAAAUUGAAGAAGGUCUAUGGCUUAGCAAUGCUAUGGUUCGAACAUUUAUUUUUAUUGGUAACACAAAUGCUGCAUUACUAUGUGUGAACAGUGUCAGUAAAAUGUUUGAUGACUUUACGAAUAAGGUACCUAAAAACUCUUCAGAACUAAGAGAACAUAUUUGUUUAAAAUCAUACUUGGAAGCCAUAGAAGCAUUUGCUACUUGGUAUAGACAUUUUAUAAGUGGUCAACCAAAAGAUAUAGAGCCAUUAGCUCCAGAUGCAUCAUUCUCUGAUAAGGUUCAUCACGAGCAAAGAUGUGCCCAUAUUGAACAACAAAGGGCUCGAUGGCAAAAUGCUAUACUUCAUCAAUCUCGACAAACAAAGCAAUUACUGUAUAAUAUUCUAUUGUUUCCUGGGGGUUGGUUACAAGAUGAAAAUGACUCUAUUUCUUCUCACAAAUUUACUAACGAAGAAAAGGAAGAAAGGAACAAACAACUAGAUACUUUAAGACGUCUUUGUCUUCCAGAAGUAGCACUAUUGAUUUUUAAAAUAUUGCAAAGUAGUGAAGAUAUUGAUGAUCAUAAGGAGGCUCUUAAAAUGAGCAAUUUAAUUGCAAGUGAAAAUCGUGGUCUUUACCAAGUAUUUACAAAAAGUAAACUUUUGGAAGUAUUAGACAGAAUUAAAGAAUCCUCUUUGUUUUUGGUAGAAAAGGGUAAAGAUAUACUUGGUUAUGAAUUGGAUGAAUAA